GCUCAAUCUGGCUGUUGGAACGAUUCAUAGAAAACGAACUGGUGGAGCCUUUGUCACUCAGAUUAAAGAAGCAGGAAGUGUAAUAUCUGCCCAGAGAAGGGAGUUUUAAAAGCGGAUGUAUUUGAUGUGUGCGGGCUGGGCACCGGUGGAAAUAGAACCUCGUGGUAUGGUCUGUAGAAACCCCAGGAAGAUAACUGAAGCCUGUCUUCUACUGCGCUCGAGGUGCAGUCUACCUUAGCGCUACUUGAUUAACGGCGCAUACAUUUUUGUGGAGAAGCCUCAUUGUAUACUUUCUGCCAUGGCACAACUCCAGGCACGUUUCUACACGGAGAACAAGAAAUACGCAGUAGAUGAUGUUCCUUUCUCAAUCCCUGCCACCUCAGAAGUUGCUGACCUUAGUAAUAUUAUCAAUAAAUUGCUGGAGACCAAAAAUGAGCUCCACAAACAUGUCGAGUUUGAUUUCCUCAUCAAGGGCCAGUUUCUUCGAAUGCCCUUGGUCAAACACAUGGAACUGGAGGACAUUUCAUCGGAAGAGGUUGUGGAACUAGAAUAUGUGGAAAAAUACACCGCACCCCAGCCAGAGCAAUGUAUGUUCCACGAUGACUGGAUCAGCUCAAUUAAAGGGGCAGAAGAAUGGAUACUGUCUGGUUCUUAUGAUAAGACUUCUCGAAUCUGGUCCUUGGAAGGAAAGUCAAUAAUGACAAUUGUGGGACAUACAGAUGUUGUGAAAGAUGUGGCUUGGGUGAAAAAAGACAGUCUGUCCUGCCUACUCCUGACGGCCUCGAUGGACCAGACUAUUCUCUUAUGGGAGUGGAACAUAGAGAGGAACAAAGUGAAGGCUCUUCACUGCUGCAGAGGGCACGCCGGGAGUGUGGACGCCAUAGCUGUUGAUAGCUCGGGAACUAAAUUCUGCAGUGGCUCCUGGGAUAAGAUGCUGAAGAUCUGGUCUACAGUCCCUACAGAUGAGGAAGAUGAAAUACAAGAACCCACAAAUCGACCAAGAAAGAAGCAGAAAACAGAACAAUUGGGACUGACAAGAACACCCUUGGUGACCCUCUCUGGCCACACAGAAGCAAUUUCCUCAGUACUCUGGUCGGAUGCUGACGAAGUCUGCAGUGCCUCUUGGGAUCACACAGUCAGAGUGUGGGACGUUGAGUCUGGAGGCCUUAAGUCAACUCUGACAGGAAAUAAGGUGUUUAAUUGUAUUUCCUAUUCUCCCCUCUGUAAACGUUUGGCGUCUGGAAGCACAGACAGGCACAUUAGGCUGUGGGAUCCCCGAACUAAAGAUGGCUCUUUGGUGUCACUGUCCCUCACCUCACACACAGGCUGGGUAACAUCAGUGAAGUGGUCACCUACCCAUGAUCAGCAGCUGAUCUCAGGCUCUUUAGAUAACAUGGUGAAGCUAUGGGAUACGAGAAGUUGUAAGGCUCCUCUCUACGAUCUAGCUGCACAUGAAGACAAAGUUCUAAGUGUGGACUGGACAGACACAGGGCUACUUCUGAGUGGAGGAGCAGACAAUAAAUUGUAUUCCUACAGAUAUUCCCCUACCACUUCCCAUGUGGGGGCUUGAAAAUGAAUGGCUGAUAAGAGACUUUCUUGUUGCGUUUUGUUUUAAUUCUUAGUGUCUCACUGUUGUGUUAUAAACUGUGAAUGGAAUGGGAAAGAGCGUUUGGAAUGUAGCUCAGCUGGUAGAGUGCUUGCCUGAGAUUGCAGAGCCCUGUGCUCUCCAGCACUGCGCAAGAGCAGUGGGCAUGGCGGUGCAUUCCUGUAAUCCCAGGCCCUGAAAGGUUGGAAACAGAGUCAGAAGUUCAAGGCCACCCUCAGUGAGGCAGCCAGCUUCAGUCACUCGACUCUGUCUCAGGAAGAAAGAAAUCCGUGGAUAAUCUCUGAUACCAUUGUCAAUGCAGGGACAGGAAGCAGCCGUUUAAACUUGGAUAACAGUUCAUCGUUCAUAAUAGCUACAUUUUACUAUGUUUGUCCUCCAUGUUUAUAAAAUACAAUAAAUGUGUGGCCUGAAUUCUCCA